CAUGCCACGGAGGCAGAGAGGGGUUUGAAGACCAGCGGGUCACCUGACAGUCACCUGACAAUGUUCGGAUGUUUCAAUUCCUUCAGAAAUGCAUAUCUCCCUCAGAGCAGCACUGGGUACACCCUCGUCGUCUUCGUCCAGUCGGACUAUCUUGAGGGCCACAAUGUCCCCGGUCUCUCUGUCUUUGGCCUUGAACACCGUCCCGUACGUUCCCUCUCCAAUUUUCUCAACUCUCUCGUACCGCUGUGACGUCAUCCUAGUCUACCAUUAGAUGACCCGUUUCUGAAUCUUUUGCUUUUCGGACGCACAAAUACACACCUGCUGUCCGGAAACGUACGAAGAACGAUCGCCGGUUUGUUGUGUUCUUCUUUGUCGUCGGUGGUUCUGGAGGAUCUGGGAGCGGUCGAGUGGAGAUGAUGGAGUCAGGCGCGCGGCCGGCCACCAACGAGGGCAUCCAGCAGUACUACCACACCAAGAUCGACGAGCUUCAGCUGGCAGUUGGGGAGAAGACGCAGAACGUGAGGAGACUCGAGGCGCAGAGAAAUGAACUCAACGCUAAAGUUCGUCUCUUACAUGAGGAGUUGCAGCUGCUACAGGAACAAGGCUCUCACGUUGGUGAGGUCAUCAAACCCAUGGACAAGAAGAAGGUGUUGGUCAAGGUACACCCAGAGGGUAAGUAUGUGGUAGAUCUGGACAAGGCGAUAGAGAUGAAGGACGUGCAACCAAACUGCCGCGUAGCACUAAAGAACGACAGCUACAAACUGCACAAGAUUCUUCCAAAUAAGGUGGACCCCCUGGUGAGUCUGAUGAUGGUGGAGAAAGUUCCGGACUCCACCUACGACAUGAUCGGAGGACUCGACAAGCAGAUCAAAGAGAUAAAGGAGGUGAUCGAGUUGCCAGUCAAACACCCGGAGUUGUUCGAGAGUCUCGGCAUCGCACAGCCUAAGGGGGUGUUGCUGUACGGGCCACCAGGGACGGGGAAGACCCUGCUCGCCAGAGCCGUCGCCCACCACACAGAGUGCUGCUUCAUUAGAGUCUCGGGCUCCGAGCUCGUCCAGAAAUACAUCGGAGAGGGCUCCCGCAUGGUGAGGGAGUUGUUUGUGAUGGCACGAGAGCACGCCCCUUCAAUUAUAUUCAUGGACGAAAUUGAUUCUAUUGGUUCCUCCCGUCUUGGGGGCGGGUCUGGAGGAGACAGCGAGGUUCAGAGGACGAUGUUGGAACUGCUGAAUCAGCUGGACGGAUUCGAAUCCACACAGAACAUCAAGGUCGUCAUGGCAACAAACAGGAUCGACAUCCUUGACUCCGCCCUCCUCCGCCCAGGACGAAUUGACCGAAAAAUAGAGUUUCCACCUCCCAGUGAGGACGCCAGGCUGGACAUUCUGAGAAUUCACUCCAGGAAGAUGAACCUCACUCGGGGCAUCAACAUGAGGAAGAUAGCCGAGGUCAUGCCGGGAGCCUCCGGCGCUGAGGUCAAGGGAGUAUGUACUGAGGCGGGGAUGUAUGCUCUGAGAGAGAGGAGAGUGCACGUCACUCAGGAAGACUUCGAGAUGGCCGUUGCCAAGAUCAUGCAGAAAGACUCGGAGAAAAACAUGUCCAUCAAGAAACUGUGGAAGUAGACUACAACUCUCACUUUCACUGUUGGACCAUUAUCACCUUAAUCUAAUUAUUAUAUACACUCGUCUGAUUAACAACAUUCAAUGUCUCAAAACAAUACUUUACAUAUUUGAAUAUACAAUUAAUUGUACAAAUACAUCAAAUAAUAAUAAUUAUGUCGUAAUACAGGGAGAGCAUGGACACUCUCCGUAUUUCAAUCUUCUGGUGUGUGUGGUGAUUCAGUGUGAUGGGUAUAGAGUGUACUAGACGUGCAACACUGAAGAUGAUUGUAAGAAAAACUCCUAACAUUGUAGUGUUCUUCACUGCAGCACUAACCCCAGCUGUGACACGGGAGGAAGAAGGGAGAAAUAAUGACACUACCUAUUAAAACGACCUUCCAUAAGUCUGCACACUACUUGGUAUAUAUUCGUGAAUCACGUGAUUUCUUACUAAUGAUUGAUGACAACUAAAUCAAGUCCACAUACAUAGUAAUCCCUGAACACACAAUACCUUCUCAGGCGGUAUCUCGGGGC